AUGACCAAAAAGAAAAUUGACGACAUUCGGAGCACGUUUAAAUACAUGCCUACAGAAGACAAGGUUUUCAUGGAUAGUCUCAUUAAGAAAGCUGAACGAAGGAAAGCGGAUGAAGAAAACCUUGAUUUGAUUAAUCUGAAAGAUAAAAAGAAAGUGACUAAGAGAGCUAAAGUUGAGAAAACAAUUAAUGAAGAAAAUGAAACUAAAUUAGGGAAAUAUGAGAAGAAGGCACUCUCUAAAGUAAAUGAAACUAAGAGUGAAAAGAAGAUAACAACCAAUAGAAAUAAAACUAAAAAUGAGACAAAUCGUUUUCAAUCCGGAAAUUUUGAUGUCAAAGAUGCACGUCGCUCUGGUCGCCCUGUUACGGAUAAAAUGGAUGCUAUUUUUGAAAAAGUGGAGCAAGAUUGGCAUAUCAGUAGUUACGACGUAGCUGAAGAACUGGGAAUUGAACACAAAACAGUUUUGGCGCAUUUGAAAGAAAAUGGGUACACAAAAAAGCUCGAUAUUUGGGUACCUCACGAGCUCUCUGAAAGAAACCUAAUGAACCGUGUACUCAUUUGUGGUUCUUUAUUACGACGUAAUGAGACCGAACCAUUUUUGAAGAAAUUGAUAACCGGUGAUGAAAAGUGGAUCACGUACGACAAGAACGUGCGAAAAAGGUCAUGGUCCAAGGCCGGUCAGGCUUCACAGACUGUGGCGAAACCCGGGUUAACUCGCAACAAGGUGAUGCUGUGUGUGUGGUGGGAUUGGAAGGGCAUUAUUCAUUAUGAGCUGUUACCACCAGGCAGGACCAUCGAUUCAGAACUACUGCGAACAACUGAUAAGAUUAAAGCAAGAAGUUGA